CAAUUAUCAAUGGGAAAACUGGACCUGGACCGUACUUACUAUUUUGAGUAAGAUUCAGGUACUUUAGUUUGAAUCCAUGGCACAUGGUUCCCCAUCUUCACUCUUUCACCACCUCAAUAUUUUCAGGCAACUUGUGCUAUAACCAGUCAACGACUUCGAUCUCUAUCAACUAGAGCCUUUUUACAGACAUCGGAAGAUAAAAAUGUUUUCAGGCAUGCUCGAACGAGGAAAGAUGGUAUUGAAACUACCGAAUAUUGUCCAAAAUAAACGACUGCCUAUUGUGAUUGCAUUUUUUCUCUUCAUUUCUGUUUUAUACUUGGUUUUGUAUCGAGAAAAUGGAGAAAAACCCGGUUCAUCAUCUGAGAUAUUAAACCAGAAUUGGGAUAACUUUAGCUCUGUGGUUAAGUUAGACCCCAUAGUAGAGUUCAGGAAUGGCACAGAUAUGAUAUGGCAAAUCCCUGACUCACCUAAAGCAAUUCUUUUUCUUGCACAUGGUUGUGAUGGUAAAGCAGCUAACUUUUGGGAUAGAUCAUCUAAGUGCCCGAAUUGUGUCGGUCUACCUGAAGAGAGGCUUCUUACACUUAAUGCUUUAGCUAGGAAAUUUGCAGUUAUCGCGGUAUCAAGUGCUGAGGCGUGCUGGUCGUUCAAAGAGGAAAGAUUUGUCGUCAAAGAUAUUAUUGAGUGGUGGAUUGCUAAACAAAAGCUUCAACAUUUGCCUCUUGUAGCUUUGGGUGCUUCCUCUGGAGGAUACUUUGUUUCAAUUCUCGCGACUGAUUUAAGAUUUAGUAGCAUCACGGUCAUGAUUAUCGAAGGAUUGUAUGAUCAAAUGGAGAUUCCAGAGAGUUAUCCGCCCACCCUUUUUGUGCACAUGCCAAAAGAUAAGAGUAGGAUGCAGAAACUAGAACGAUUCGCGAUACUCCUGAAGGGAAAAGGCAUUGAUGUUGCAGAAGUUAAAUGCUUGGAGUUUCCUUUGUCGCCUAAUCUGUUUGCUGAUAGAAUCCCUGGUAUUGAUGUUGCUACCUCGGCGAAGUUGUUUAAUCUAUUCCAGGAAAAAGGUUUCGUUGAUAAGAAUGGUUUCAUGACAAAUGAUGGGCGUGAUAUACAUUGGAACAAGACUCUCCAAGAGAGAGGGAUUGUUCUCCCGGAUAAGUCCUUAGCAAAGCACAUUGAAGAGGAAAUGAACCUUGCAUUUGCUUUUCAUGAAAUGACCAGCAUGCAAUCUGAGCAAAUCUUCAACUGGUUUGAGACUCAUUUGAGCUAAUCAGGUCUUCUUCCUGCGUAAUUUCUUCUAACAGCGCGGGGAGAAUUUCACUCACUCUGCUUUGGACUACUGACAGCGGACCUGAAUAAUGUCGUUUGGUGCUAAUAAUAUUUUGACCAGGUUCCGUUCCACUUACUGUGCUUGCAUUGUGAUGGAAAAUACUUUCUGGACUAUCAUACUGUUUGGCUACUGAAUGUAUUGUUCUGGAGUUGUAUUGUUGGUUGAUUUUUCAAUUGUAGAUAUGUUAUAUGAAUAGUUCUACACUUUUUAAAAGCUUAUAAUGUGGUGAACAAAAGGUCUAAUGUUGUACCAUUGCUUCUUUAAUACUGCGGGGUUGCUUUUUGCCAACCCUGCUACUCAUAAUCAAAACCUAUGUUGCACGGACUCUCCAAAAUGAUACCGCACCCUUGUCGGAUCCUUAAAAAAUGUACUACUUUUGGAGGAUCCGACACGCACGCGGAGAAAUUUUUGGAGAGUCCGACCAACAUAGAUCAAAACUAUUCAUUACAA